UAGAUGAGAAGAAAAGGGCUUGCUAGCGUGCGUUCCAAAUGUAAUAUGAAGCCCAAAGAUGAUACGACGUCGUCCCAUAGCGAAAACCUAAACGGAAAUAAACACGCGUGCUCUCUUCUCCUCCUGCAGCUGCGCCUCACACAGCCAGAAACCGGCGCCUCCGUACGCCUCGCCGGCAGCGCGAACAUUAAGUUUGCAAACAGCUAAACAACGGGAUCCCUGAGCUAAAUUUUUGCCGCCUCGCAUCGACGCGCCUAGGCAACGCCUUUCAAAACCUAGCAUUUGAAAAGAAAGUUUCAAUUCAUUGUGAUUGAGCUUUUGGGAAGGCUUUGUUUGUCAUUGGCUUCACACUCGCUGUUUGGUUGAGGUCUUCAACAUGGAAGUGUUCAGGAGGGCCAUAUUGCAACCUGGCCCACCAGAAAGUUUUGCUCUACAGACAGUUCAACGAGUUAUAAAACCUCAGAAACAGACAAAGUUAGUCCAAGAUGAGAAUCAAUUGUUAGAAAAUAUCCUCCGGACAUUGCUUCAGGAACUGGUGUCUUCUGCAGUACAGUCUGGGGAGCAGAUAAUGCAGUAUGGUCAAUCAAUUGAUGAUGGAGAAACUACCCAAGGACAUAUUCCACGUCUUCUUGAUAUUGUGUUGUAUCUUUGUGAGAACGAACACAUUGAAGGCGGCAUGAUAUUUCAGCUGUUGGAAGACUUAACAGAAAUGUCUACUAUGAGAAACUGCAAAGACGUUUUUGGUUAUAUAGAGAGUAAACAAGAUAUAUUAGGAAAGCCAGAGCUUUUUGCUCGAGGAAAACUUGUGAUGUUGAGAACAUGCAAUCAACUUCUUCGUCGCCUGUCAAAGGCAAAUGAUGUGGUAUUUUGUGGACGAAUUCUAAUGUUUUUGGCUCAUUUUUUCCCAUUAUCUGAGCGUUCAGCUGUGAAUAUAAAAGGAGUUUUUAACACAUCAAACGAGACAAAAUAUGAGAAAGACCCCCCUGAUGGAAUUUCCAUCGAUUUCAACUUCUACAAGACAUUUUGGAGUUUACAGGAACACUUUUGUAACCCUCCUUCCUUAACUCUUGCUCCUACCAAGUGGAAGAAAUUUACAUCUGGUUUAAUGGUUGUCCUGAAUACAUUUGAAGCUCAACCAUUAAGUGAUGAAGAGGGAGAUGCCAAUAGUUUGGAGGAGGAGGCGGCAAAUUUCAGCAUAAAAUAUCUUACGAGCAGUAAACUAAUGGGUUUGGAGUUGAAGGAUCCGAGUUUCCGACGUCAUAUUCUUGUGCAGUGCCUCAUAUUGUUUGAUUAUCUGAAGGCCCCUGGAACGAGUGAAACAGAUUUGCCUUCCGAUAGCAUGAAAGAGGAAAUAAAAUCUUGUGAGGAGCGUGUGAAAAAGCUGCUUGAAAUGACUCCACCCAAGGGGGAGAAUUUUCUUCAUAAAAUUGAGCAUAUAUUAGAACGUGAAAAGAAUUGGGUAUGGUGGAAACGUGAUGGUUGUCCACCAUUUGAGAAGCAGCCAGCAGAGAAGAAAGCGGUCCAAGAAGGAGCCAAAAAGCGUAGGCCGAGAUGGAGAAUGGGAAAUAAAGAGCUCUCUCAGUUGUGGAAGUGGGCAGAUCAAAAUCCGAAUGCUUUAACUGAUCCUCAACGUGUUCGAACACCUGCCAUCACUGAUUACUGGAAGCCCCUGGCUGACGAUAUGGAUCCAGCAGCUGGAAUAGAAGCUGAAUAUCACCACAAAAAUAACCGAGUGAGUUUUGGUUCUUAGACUUAAGUUAUCAUA